GCAGAAUUUCGUUUCGGUUUUUGAUCUGAGUGAUGCCUGCCACCGUGGAAUCAGGCUCAGCUGUGAAAAAUUCUCUUUUUAAUCCGUCGGGAUGGAGGAGCUUGUUGAUCUUCACAGUCCUUGCGCUGACGUGCAUCGCCGGCUUCUCCUCUCGACUCUUUGCUGUGAUCCGGUUUGAAAGUAUCAUUCAUGAAUUUGAUCCAUGGUUCAACUAUCGUUCAACUGCUUACAUGGUUAAGCAUGGAUUCUACAAUUUCUUGAAUUGGUUCGACGAGCGGGCAUGGUACCCGCUGGGACGCAUUGUCGGAGGAACUGUGUAUCCUGGCCUCAUGGUAACCUCCGGCUCGAUUCAUUAUGUCCUGUCAUUGCUGAAUAUUCAUGUUCAUAUACGGGACAUUUGUGUCUUUUUAGCACCUAUCUUCAGCGGAUUGACCGCAUUAUCCACGUACUUUUUGACGAAAGAGCUGUGGACUCCUGGAGCAGGGCUUUUCGCAGCUUCUUUUAUCUGUAUAGUGCCCGGGUACAUUAGCAGAUCAGUAGCCGGCUCUUACGACAAUGAAGGCAUUGCCAUAUUUGCAUUGAUGUUCACUUACUAUCUGUGGGUAAAAUCUGUGAAGACCGGAUCGUUAUUCUGGGCGGCAAGCACAGCAUUGUCAUACUUCUACAUGGUAUCAGCGUGGGGUGGAUAUGUGUUCAUCAUUAACUUGAUCCCCCUGCACGUGUUCGUCUUGCUUGUUCUUGGAAGAUACUCUGCCCGAUUGUACACAGCGUAUAGCACUUUUUAUAUCCUUGGAACCAUUCUGUCUAUGCAAAUCCCAUUUGUUGGGUUCCAACCGGUGAGGACUUCAGAGCACAUGGCUGCUGCAGGUGUCUUCGCUUUGAUCAACGCCGUCGCCCUCUUGAAGUUCCUUCAAAGCUACAUGACGAAAGCAGAAUUCCGCCACUUCGUGUUGAUUGGGUCGUCCGUGGCGGCUGGGACGGUGUUCGUUGCUGUUGUUGGACUCACGUAUGCGGGCAUUAUCGCUCCGUGGAGCGGUAGAUUUUAUUCGCUCUGGGACACCGGUUACGCCAAGAUACACAUUCCCAUCAUCGCGUCAGUAUCCGAGCAUCAACCCACGACGUGGUUCUCGUUCUUCUUCGACUUGCACAUCUUGGCAGCAGUAUUCCCUGUCGGCAUUUGGUACUGCAUCAAGAACAUUAAUGAUGAGCGAGUGUUCAUCGUUUUGUAUGCUGUGAGUGCGACGUACUUUGCGGGUGUGAUGGUCCGACUUAUGCUUACUCUCACGCCAGUGGUCUGCGUUUUGUCCGCCAUUGGAUUCUCGCAGUUGUUCGAAUUGUAUUUGCGAGAUGACGAAUCGGACAAGAAUAAAGAGAGUGGCGUGGAUUCGGAAGACGAAAAUUCCGACGAGCACAACCACAAGAUGUACGACAAGGUAUGUGGUUUUAUUUUUCAUGAAUAUUUUUUUUUCCUUCGACAGCCUGGUAAGUUGAGGAAGAUGAAACACGAGAAGCUGAAGGACGGAACCGGUGGAGGAGCAGCGGGUAGUCUUGGGGUUAAUUUGCGCAGCAUUGUCGUCGUUGCCAUGCUCAUGAUGCUGAUGAUGUUUGCCGUCCAUUGCACAUGGGUUACUUCGAAUGCGUACUCUUCACCUAGUAUCGUGCUUGCUACGUAUUCAAAUGAAGGAUCAAGAUACAUUCUGGACGACUUCAGGGAAGCUUAUUUCUGGCUUUCGCAAAACACUGCGGAGGACGCAACAAUUAUGAGUUGGUGGGACUACGGGUAUCAGAUAGCAGGGAUGGGAAAUAGAACGACUCUGGUCGAUAACAACACAUGGAACAACAGCCACAUAGCGCUGGUUGGCAAAGCAAUGUCGUCGAAUGAAAGCGCGGCUUACGAUAUUAUGAUGAACUUGGGAGUGGACUACGUUCUGGUGAUCUUCGGAGGUGCCAUCGGAUAUUCCGGAGAUGACAUCAACAAGUUCCUGUGGAUGGUUCGGAUCGCGGAAGGAGAGCAUCCGAAAGACAUUAGGGAGGCAGAUUAUUUUACUGAACGAGGCGAGUUCAGAAUUGACGCUGAAGGUUCGCCGACGCUGCUGAACUGCCUGAUGUACAAGUUGUCGUAUUACAAGUUUGCUGAAAUGCCGGGAGAUUACCGUUCGCCGAGAGGUUACGAUCGAACCCGCAAUGCUGUGAUAGGGAACCCCGAUAUUAGUUUAACAUAUUUGGAAGAAGCCUACACCACCGAACAUUGGCUUGUUCGCAUCUAUCGGUUUGUCCUCGUGUUGAAUUUUCUCUCGACUUUGUCUCUGACUGUGGUUGAAAAUUAUUUCAGUGUCAAGAAGGAAGAAGAUUUCAACCGGCCGGAAAUUCUACGCUCCGAUGUGCAGCUGAAACUCCCCCGUGUUUCCUCGAAGAAAGUGAGUCUCGGAUAUGCAACCAUGAAGCGCAAGAAGGGUUCCAUCAAGAACCGACCAGUUGUGGUGAAGGGGAAGCGGCCGGCUGUCCGCACCGUCAAAGCGUAGUGCGAAUUUCAAGACAUGUGAUUCUGCCAUCUUCUUGGUUCCCUUGACUUCCGGAUCUCUGCUUUUAUUUUCUGGUUCUCAUCAUCGUUUUUAAUUCCAUGGUCCUGUGUCUCUCCUUGAAUGGAAAAAUCUUGUGCCGCCCUGAUGGGAUUCUUUUGAAUCGUUGUUCUCGCGAGUAUGUUUUAAGAAUUGUUUUCUCGUUUUCAUGGCGUCAACUGGGAAGACGAUUGACGUUGUUGAGGACUGGUUUACUUUAUUUAUUUGUUUCGUGAUCCAUUAUUUGCCGGCUUGUGCGUUAUUUAUCGAAUCGCAUGCGAGUUUUACGUUGGCGCAUUGUUACAAACGUGUGUCGUGUUGGCCUCGGAGUGCCGCUUGAUUGUUUGUUGGUUUGUUUGAUUGUUUGUUCGAGGCGUUGUGAUGCAUUCAUUCCUUGUGCGCCGCGUGAUGCUCAUUCUUCGGUAAAAACGCGAGUUUUUGAUGAGUUGAUUUGUUUCUACUCGGCCGCGAGAAUGAUGGAAGGUGUACUGUUCUUCGCGGCCGUCACGAUUUGCUUUGGGUAUAACUUGGUAACUGAUCAUUCAUGAUAACCCCAUUAGUUGGUAGCUACAAAUUGCUUGUUUGAACUGUCGCUGCAAUAUGGCGGUCUUGAGUCUCAAGAGAGCCCUAUCGAGGGUGUUUCAGAAGAGAUACCAUAACUACAUACGUUAUCUCACGUCUGCCGAAAGCAUCCUUGAUUCCUCCAAGUGAAAACUUUUCUUAACCCUUCAUGCUCAGUACUUUUUCAAAAUGUACAGUACUUCUCCUAAAUCCAUGAAGGAACCGAACAGGAAUACCAAGAAGGUAUAAAAGACUUUCCUGUCCAACUGAACAAGUUUUCAGAGAUGCCGGAAGAGAAAUUGAUGGUCAAAAACGUUUUAAUGUUGAAACAGCAUACUGUAAAACGAAGAACAACAAUGGUUGGGCGAUGGUUGUUCCGAUCUAAGUGCACUUUAGCCUCGCCUUUUAUAUGAAUAGUCUUCAUAAAUAUUAGUAAUCGCAAGUUACUGUAUUAUUUACAACGAAAAGCGCACAAGGAAUUUUAAUUUCUUGAAUUGCACUUUUUCUGUUGUAAUUCUUAAUGAUAAGCAGGAAGGGUCAUCUUGAAGGAUUGGUAAUCAUGUUACGCCGUAAUGGGAAUUAUUUUUGGUCAUUGAUGACGAAACGAAAUAUUUCAUGAAUGAAUCCAGUAUACCUUCGCUUUAGCGUGCACUGUUCUAGGUUCACUAUUGAUCAUUUUUGUUGUAGCUUUUGAGGGCCGGCGUGUUUAUGGGGUGGGCACCUUUGAGGUACUACCAAGCCUAAGUUGAGCAGAUGAGUGCUGGAUUUUUUUUUUUAGUGAUGAAUGGUCAUGGGUGGAUUGUGUUAUUUUUUUGUUUUGUGGUGGGGAAAUGAAGACUCUGCUGGUGAGAUGAAAUUUGA